UAUAAAAAGAUAAAGUAAUUAAUAUUUAUAAAUACUUAAGUAUCAAACCGGAAAUUGUUAAAAGGUUUUACGUAAUUUUCAUGUUUCUAUAUAAUAAGCGAAGGUGCAGCAAAACUAUUGCGUCAAAGUAAUUUAUUUUAUACCAUGAAUUUAAUUCGGUUUGUCAUAAAAUCCAGUAUUGUUGGUGGUAUCGUAUAUUAUACUUAUAAGGAAGGAUUAUGGUCAAAAUCAGAAGAAACUGCUGCAUUGUAUAAAAAAUUAAACGUAAAAAUUGCUCCAUAUGUUAAAGAAAAUGUACCUGAAAAAAUUACAAAAGAGAUAUCUCAGCUACCAAGUGUGACAGAUAUUACAAAUUUUAUUAAAGUAACUUGGAACAAAGGUGUUAUGUCCAGUAUGGGAUUUAUCUCUAAUUUACCAACACAUACUUUUAAUAGUGCUACUAGUUUAUAUGAAACUACACAAAGUUACAUAAAAGAACUUAGUGUAUAAAAACAAACAUUUUUAUGUAAUAUUGUUAGUAUUUUCUUCUAUAUAUUUUAGAUAAAUAUUAUAUAUAAUUAACAUUUAUAAAUAAGGAAUUUAUUAUUUAUUUUA